UCGGUUGGCUCGCCCUGCUGCCCUUUCUCUCGGCGGUGGGUCGGAGCCGCUGUCGCCUGCCUCGCAUGUUCCCCCCCUCUAAAAAAAAAAAUCCUGUUUUGAAUUCGAUGCCUCUCUUGUAGAUUCUCUCCCAGCCACACACCUCUAAAGGGCCGCUAGUCGGUGUCUCAUUUACCCCCACCCCCCGUCCCGCAAUUCCAGCGUUGAGAGCCCCGAACAUGGCCGUGGUGAGCGCAUCGUCUGGGCCGGUCGCCCGGCUCGAGGGCCGUGAAUUCGAAUACAUGAUGAAGAAGCGCUCGGUGACCGUCGGCCGCAACUCGUCGCAGGGCUCCGUGGACGUGAGCAUGGGCCACUCGAGCUUCAUCUCGCGCCGGCACCUGGAGGUGUUCACCGCCGGCGACGACGGCGGCGACUUCUACCUGAGGUGUCUCGGCAAAAACGGGGUGUUCGUGGACGGAGUGUUCCUCCGGCGGGGCGCCCCUCCUCUGCAGCUACCGCGAAUGUGCACGUUCAGGUUCCCCAGCACAAACAUCAAGAUCACGUUCACUGCCCUGUCCAGCGGGAAGAAGGUGAAGCGCGAGGCCCCCGAGUCCCCGGUGAAGCCGGCGCAGCCGCACAUCUCCCCGCUGACUAUCAACAUUCCAGAUAACAUCGCUCACCUGAUGAGCCCGCUGCCGUCGCCCACCGGCACCAUCAGCGCUGCUAACUCCUGCCCCUCCAGCCCGCGGGGCGCCGGCUCCUCCGGCUACAGGAUGGGCGGUCGCAUGGUCAGCUCCGCAGAGCUGCAGCUCAUGAACGACAACUCGCAGCCCGAGAACGACAAAGACGCCUCUGGAGGGGACAGUCCCAAGGACGACUCCAAACCUCCGUACUCCUAUGCACAGCUGAUCGUCCAGGCCAUCACACUGGCGCAGGACAAGCAGCUCACCCUCAACGGAAUCUACAAUCACAUCACCAAGAACUACCCGUACUACAGGACCGCAGACAAGGGCUGGCAGAACUCAAUCCGUCACAAUCUGUCCCUGAACCGCUACUUCAUCAAAGUGGCGCGGUCGCAGGAGGAACCGGGCAAAGGCUCGUUCUGGAGGAUAGACCCGUCCUCGGAGGGCAAGCUCAUCGAGCAGGCCUUCAGGAAACGAAGGCCCCGGGGCGUCCCCUGCUUCAGGACCCCACACGGACCCCUCUCCUCCAGGAGUGCACCGGUGUCUCCCAAUCAUUCGGGGGUGCUCUCCGCUCACUCCAGCGGCGUCCAGACCCCCGACAGCCUAUCACGAGAGGGCUCCCCGGUUCCCCUGGAGCUGGAACAGGCCACCCCGGCGCCCGCCCCGCUGCCCUCUGCCACAAUCCAGCCCAAACUGGCCGUCAUCCAGGAAGCACGCUUUGCACAAAACACACCAGACUUUUAUUUAUCGCUGCCGAUGUCCCGACCAAGUCUCACACUGAACCGUCCCGUUGCAGGCACGCCUGUCAGCAACCAGCCGGUCCUCAUCGCGGUCCAGCGCCAGUUACCUCAGACCAUGAAGCCUGUGACCUACACCAUGGCCUCGCCGGUGAGCACCAGCUCCUCCCAGCCCGCCAUCCAGACGGUCCACGUCCUGCAGCAGAUUCCCGCCGGCCACCACCUGAGCGCCUCCGUCAUCGCCCAGCCCGCCGCCAUCAUCAAGAGCGAGCCGAAGGAGAACGGAGACCACGCGGGGGUCAAAGUCAAAGUGGAGUCGGUUCCCACCAUCGCCUCUAUAGGCGGCUCCGGUCGCAUCAUCCAGAGCACGCAGUCGGCCACGCCUCUGCAGACGGUCACUAUAGUGACGCAGGCGCCCAUUGGUCAGCACCAGCUGCCCGUCAAGGCCAUCACACAGAACGGCACCCACAGCUUCACCACGGCCCUGCAGGGCCCGGCCAGCGCAGCUCCCGCCGUGGCGAGCCCCCUCCACCUGCUGGCGGACCACGCCUCCGCCUCCGCCUCCCUCCCCACCAAGCGUCAGAACGGGGACCAGCUGGCCGGCGAGCAGCCGGACGCCAAACGCGUCAGAUCGGAGGGCGAGGCCGUCGUGGCGGACUCCGACUCGUUGCCGUCGGCAGCUAACGACCACAGCGGCCACCUCAACUAGUCUGCGGCAACCACACGACCCCACCCCCCUCCUCCACCGCCACUGUCUCCUCCCCCUUCCUCUCUCGUCCCCCGUCGUUGGUUUUGUUCCUCCCUCUUCGACCGCUGACUCCAGAGGUGCCAAACAAAGACGGAGAGGAUUUUUCUUUUUUAAUUUUUCAGUUAUGUUCUGGAGCAUCGAAAAGAAAAACACACAAAAAAUCUAAGUCCACCCUCGAGGAACAUAGGCACGUGGGUUGAGAACAAAAUAAUAAAAAAGAAACGGGACGAAGAUGAACUCCAAGGUGAUCCACCGCCGCCGAAACAGAUGAGUGACUGAAACACCCGAGACCACAGGAAGCCUUAACAACAACCGAGCGUCGGGGCCGGACGCCAUCUUUCUGUCGCAUCAUCUACCUCGGAGCAGAUCGGAGCCUCCGGCAGCCAGCAGACGAGACACACCCUCCCCCUCCCCUCCGGUCCGACCGACCGAGCGAGCCACAAGCUUUUUACGGUUUAACGAUUAUUAACAGAUGAAACUAACGGUCGUUCAGAAAGGGAUCAAACUCGGAGCCAAUGUUUUUCCUGAGAACUCUUGGCAGCUAAAGCCGCUUACACAAUACUGACCUCCUCUGUCGCAGCUGGACGUAGACGAUGCAGUAUUCAGUUGUUUCCGGGGAAAAAAAGAAGAAGAAAAAAAACAGUGGAGCAUAUAGGAAUUUUUUUUAAAUGUAUUUUCACCUGCCUAGAUAUAAGUAAUAAUUUAAUUAAAAAAAAGGAAGAGUACGAGACUUCGAGGUUGGGGACAUUUCCGUAAACUAAGUUAGAAUCUCACUUCUUCUUCUUCUUCUUCUGUUGUUGUUUUUUUUAUUAUUAUUAUUAUUAUUAUUUUUACGUGGACUUGUCCUCCCCCUUGUUUUUUUUUCCGUUCAGUGAAACGGUUGUUAUUGUUUUCGUAAAUAUUUCUCCCUCCUCCUCCUCCGUUCUGACAUAUCCGUAUCCGUGUACCUACAUAUUUUUUAAUACUUGCACAGGUAACCGAUAUAAGCAUAUGAACAUAUGAAAUCUCCAUGUGUCGUUCCAGAUGUCGAACCUUUGUAUGUGUCCGACAGAGAAGCUGUGAAACUGUUAAAGUUGAACAGAGGAAAAAGAAAAGAGAAAAAAAAAACCAAACCAAACCUGCACUUGAUGAACUGUUUGUGUUUUUCUAAUUCUCUUUGUUUUGUUUUCCUCCUCUUCCUCCUCCUCCUCUUCCUCUCCAUCAAUCCAUCCGCCCACCAACCCCUCGUUUUCUUUUGCUUGAUUACUUCACUCUGCUCCGGCGACCUGGCGAGUCGGUUCUUCUGAUUGUACACGUUUCAAACAUUAGUCAAAAGAAAAAAAAUUAUGUUUGUUCUGCUUCAGUGGAGAAUUUUUUUUUAAAUAAAUUAAUUUAAAGCCCA